AACCAAAGCCCGUCUCUGGACCUGCCGCUGACCCGGGACGAGCAGACCAUCUUCGAGUUCACCGUCAACGAGCAGGGGCAGUGGGACCACUGGUCCAACAAGGUGCCGGAGUAUCUCUACCCCCAAGACCACGUCCCCGACUACUCGUCCAUCCUGGUCCCCAACGUGGACAACGUGAGGACGGACUUCCUGAUGCGGACCAUCGUGAAGCAGAGGAAGGCCGUGCUGCUGAUCGGGGAGCAGGGAACCGCCAAGACCGUCAUGGUCAAAGGCUACACCAGUAAGCUGGACCCGGAGCUCCACCUCAGUAAGACGGUGAACUUCUCGUCGGCCACGCUGCCCAGCAUGUUCCAGAGGACGGUGGAGAGCUACAUCGAUAAGCGGAUGGGCGCCACCUACGGGCCGCCGGCGGGGCGCAGGAUGACCGUCUUCAUCGACGACAUCAACAUGCCCGUCAUCAACGAGUGGGGGGACCAGGUAACCAAUGAGAUCGUGCGUCAGCUGAUGGAGCAGGGGGGGUUCUACAGUCUGGAUCGCCCCGGGGAGUUCAUCACUGUGGUGGACGUGCAGCUGGUGGCGGCCAUGAUCCACCCGGGGGGGGGGCGGAACGACAUCCCCCAGCGUCUGAAGAGGCAGUUCUCCAUCUUUAACUGCACCCUGCCCUCCAACUCCUCCAUUGAUAAGAUCUUCAGCACCGUGGCGGGGGGGUACUUCUGCCCCGAGAGGGGCUUCAGCGCCGCGGUGUGCCGGCUCGCCGCCGCCCUCGUCCCCACCACCCGGCGGGUGUGGCAGGCCGUCAAGGCGAAGAUGCUGCCGUCUCCGGCUAAGUUUCACUACAUCUUCAACCUGAGGGACCUCAGCCGCAUCUGGCAG